AUGGCAAGGGGCUUGGGGACACUCUUGGGCCUCCUCUCUGUCCUCCCUUUCCUGCAGGCAGAGCAGACAGUGUUUAUAUCUGGUGACGAUGCAAACAAAGUUAUCAAGAGGCACAGGAGAGCCAAUUCCCUGCUUUUGGAGGAGGUCCUUCAGGGCAGCUUGGAAAGAGAGUGCCUGGAGGAAAGAUGCACACAUGAAGAAGCAAGGGAAGUGUUUGAAAAUGAUGAUAUGCUUAAAAUGUUUUGGGAUGCCUAUUAUGAGGGCAAGAGGUGCUCCUCAAACCCAUGCCAGCACAACGGCGUGUGCGAGGACAACAUCCGCAGCUACACGUGUACCUGCGUCGACGGCUACGAAGGGGAGAACUGCGCCUUCGCUAAAAACGAAUGUCGGCACGAAGCAAAAGAAGGAUGUCACCAUUUCUGCUACCCYGGAACGACAUCCUACCACUGCUCCUGUGCUGAUGGUUACAAGCUCGGCGAGGAUAAGAAGCAGUGCAUUGCGUUAGAUGAGUGUGCAUGUGGCACAGUGCAAGACACUAAUAGUGUGACAAGUGAAACCAGGAGGAAACGGGACAAGGGCUUUCCUUGGCAGGUGCUGCUGCUUAAUUCAGAAGGGAAGGGCUUCUGCGGAGGAGUGCUACUGAAAAGGAACUUUGUGUUGACAACAGCAGAGUGUGCCCUUCUGCACAGCAAUUUUGAAAUCAGGAUUGGUGCUGGGCACAACGGGACAGCAGGAGCAGAGAGCAGCGCGCGGGUGAGCGCCAUCCACGUGCACAUGCGCUACGACGCCGACACGGGCGACAACGACGUGGCCUUACUCCGRCUCCGAGCUCCCGUCGAGUGCAGCACCCACCAGCGGCCCGUGUGCGUCCCCGAGCGGGACUUUGCGGAGCACGUCCUGAUUCCCCACGUGGUGGGGACCGUCAGCGGCUGGAAAAGGGCCGGCGGGGGAGGCGAGGAGCUGCGGGUCUCCUAUGUCCCCGCUGAGGAUUGCCAGCGGGCGCUCAACGGCAGCCUCACGACCCGGCAGUUCUGCGGGCGCCGGCGGGAGGCCGCGGCCGGGCGCCUGGCUGGGGGCGGCUUCGUCGCCGCCGAGUACAAGGGCACCUGGUUUCUCACGGGGAUCUUGGGCUCCCGGCCGCCGGGAAACGGCGACUCGGAGACCUUCGUGUUCACCAACACCGCCAGGUACGYGGUGUGGUUUAAGCAAAAAAUGAAGUAAGACACAAACGCAACCAACUCUCCAGCACCAAACUCCUCCCGCUGCCUGCGAGGAAUCACAGAAUCCCAGAAKGGUUGAGGUUG